AUGGCUGAAACCGCCGGACCUAAGAUCGGCGACGCCCGGUCCCUGUGGAACUUCACCCCGUCUCCCGGCUGGACCAAGGAUGAGUGCGCCACGCUGCGCCUGUGCCUCAUGAAGUUCGGCAUCGGGCGGUGGGUGCAGAUCGUGGACAGCGGCGUGCUCCCGGGCAAGCAGAUCCAGCAGCUGAACGGCCAGACCCAGCGUCUGCUCGGCCAGCAGUCCCUCGCCGAGUACACCGGGAUGCACGUCGACGUCGACCGCAUCCGCGAGGACAACAACGAGAAGACCGGCCCCGAUAUCUACCGCAAGAACGGCCUCAUCACCAACACCGGUGGCAAGCUCAAGAAGGAGGCGAUGCAGGCGCUUCGCGCGGAGAACAAGGCCAAGUACGGCCUCAGCGAGACGGAGAUCGCGGAGAUCGUUCUCCCCGACCCGCCGAGCAAGAAGAAGCUCGGCGCGGACGCCUACAUGGGCAAGAACCACAACAAGGGCGGCGUGGCGGGGCUCACGCGACGGAUGGAGAAGCGCAGGCGCACCGCGGAUGUCCUCACCGUGGACGUCGAUGCCCUCGCUCGGCCGGCGAAGAUGGCGCUGCUCAAGGCUCUCCGCGCCAGGCUCGUGGUGCUCACGACCGCGGCGGAGGAAGGGCGCGUGCUCAAGGAGAACAAGGCGAAGGCGGCGGCAAAGCCCAAGCCCGAGGCGAAGAAGAGGGCCGCCUCGUCCAAGAGGAAGAGCGUGGACUCCGCGUCCGGGGAGGAGAACGACGCCCCGACUCCCAAGCGGGACACCGCGAGGCGAGCAUCCGCGGGCUGCGGCGGCGUGGUCGGCCAGCUCGUCGCGAUGGGCUUCGACAAGAAGAAGGCGGCGGAGGCUGUCAAGGAGGUUGGCAACGACACGAUGGAAUGCGUCAACUGGCUCGUGGUCAACUGCGCGUGA